GGGCGCCGGCUGGUACAGUUCAGAUCUGUUUCUCCCCGGCUCGGGGCGCAGAGGCGGCAUCGGGGAGUUGUCUUCUGCAAAGGUUGCCUGGCGUUGUCCAACAUGGAGGAGGUUGCGGGCAUCACCUGCGAGCUGGACUAAACCCCGCCUGACGUUCCGGGGAGCGCUGCCCGGUCCGGAGCCCAGGGACUCCGCCGCCUGCACGCCUCGCGGCGGACCCGGCUCCGGUUGCUCCUCGGGCCGCCGGCUUCCCGAGAGGGACGCAGUGCAAGGUGGAAGCGCGGCGGCCCCGAGCCUCCCGGAGCCAUGGGCAAUGAGGCGAGCCUGGAAGGGGAAGGGCUCCCCGAAGGGCUGGCGGCAGCAGCGGCAGCGGCCUCCGGAGGAGGGGCUGGCGGGGCGGGGAGCCCCUUGCACACGGUGAUCCCGGCCGGCAUGGAGGCGGAUCUGAGCCAGCUGAGCGAAGAGGAGAGGAGACAGAUCGCCGCUGUCAUGUCAAGGGCGCAGGGGCUGCCCAAGGGAAGCGUCCCCCCUGCCGCUGCGGAGCCGCCUUCCAUGCACAGGAAACAAGAGUUGGAUAGUAGUCAUCCUCCAAAGCAACCGGGAAAACCACCAGACCCUGGGCGCCCAGCUCAGCCUGGUCUCAGUAAAAGCAGAACGACAGACACUUUGAGGUCAGAGCAGAAAUUGCCCGGAAGGAGUCCUUCCACUAUUAGCUUGAAAGAAUCUAAGUCCAGAACUGAUUUUAAGGAAGAGCACAAGUCUAGUAUGAUGCCUGGCUUCCUCUCAGAGGUUAACCCCUUAAGUGCUGUCUCCUCUGUUGUAAAUAAAUUCAAUCCUUUUGAUUUGAUAUCAGAUUCUGAUGUAUCCCAGGAAGAAACCGCCAAGAAACAAAAAGUAGCUCUGAAGGAACAAGGAAAACCUGAAGGAAUCCCAAAACCCCCAUCACAACAACAGUCACCCAAGGCAUUUCCGAAGCAGCAAGGACCUGUGAGGGCCCCACCUCAGCAAGACGAUGCUCCCAAAUCACUAUCUUCUCAACAACCAGAAAACAUUAAGUCACAAACUCCAGGGGCAGGAAAGCCCACUCAGGGGCUUACCCAGGCCCCUCAGACAGACCAGGCAAAAUUGCCACUUCAAAGAGAUGCAACCAGGCCUCAGACUAAACUGUCAGACACAGUAAGGGGAGAAUCAAUCAAACCCUCACUGCAAAGCCCAUCUAAACCACCGACUCAGCAAGUAAGUCCUGGAAAACCUCCAGUCCAGCAGCCUGGACCUGAAAAACUUUCCACACCACAGCCUGGACCUGCAAAGCCCUCAGCUCAGCAACCAGGGCCAGUGAAGGCCCCAGCUGCACAGCCAGGGACCGCAAAGUUAUCUCAACAGCAGACAGCAAAGCCCCCAGCCCAGCCACCAGGGACAACAAAGGCCGCAGCUCAGCAGGCAGGGCCCAAGUCCCCAGCUCAGCCUCCAGGGCCAGCAAAGACCCCAGCCCAGCAGCCGGGGACACCAAAAUCCCCAGCUCACCAACCUGGGCCACAUUCUACAACUCAGCCACCUGGGCCUGCAAAGACUCCAGCACAGCAGGCUGGGCCACUGAAGUCUGUGACUCAGCAGCCUGGGCCAGGAAAGACUCCUGCUCAGCAGCCUGGGCCAGCCAAGCCCCCACCUCAGCACCCUGGCCCAGCAAAGCCCCCACCUCAGCAGCCUGGCCCAGCAAAGCCCCCACCUCAGCAGCCUGGCCCAGCAAAGCCCUCCGCUCAACAGCCUGGCCCAGCAAAGCCCUCCGCUCAGCAGCCUGGGCCAGCAAAGCCCUCCGCUCAGCAGCCUGGCCCAGCCAAGCCCUCCGCUCAGCAGUCUGGCCCAGCCAAGCCCUCCGCUCAGCAGUCUACAAAACCAGUAAGCCAAACAGGAGCUGGGAAACCUCUGCAGCCACCGACUUCUCCAUCUGCAGCACAGACUCCAGUACAAGGCCUCCCUAAAAUCAUCUGUCCUCUUUGCAAUAUCACUGAACUUCUGCUGCACGUUCCAGAAAAGGCCAAUUUUAGCACAUGCACUGGGUGUCACACCACUGUCUGUAGUCUCUGUGGUUUUAAUCCCAACCCUCAUUUAACCGAGAUAAAAGAGUGGCUCUGUUUAAACUGUCAGAUGCAGAGAGCUCUAGGAGGUGAUCUGGCCCCAAUUCCAUCAUCACCCCAGCCGAAACUGAAGACUGCCCCAGUUAUUCCUACAUCAGCAGUGAGCAAACCAUCCCCGCAGUCACAGCAGAUUUCUCCAAAGAAGGAUACUGCACCCAAACAAGAUAUCUCAAAGGCUCCUGAAUCUAAGAAGCCCCCACCACUCGUGAAACAACCAACCCUUCAUGGUUCGCCCCCGGUCAUGGCCAAGCAGCCUCCUGUGGCAGAGUCCUCAUCCAAGCCAGCCCCUCCCAAAGAGCCUUCUGUCCCAUCUGAGCAGGCCAAGGUCCCCAUGGCUGAUGACAAACCAAAGCAGCCCAAGACAGUAAAGCCAGCAACAGACAUUGUGUUUUCAUCAUCGAUUGCAACAAAACCUGAUAAUUCAAGCUCCAAAGUACAGUCACAGGAUCAAGAGAAAACAACCGCUCCUCUAAAACCAGACUCUGCCAAACCCUCACAAAGUUUUCCACUAAUAGGAGAAAAGGUCACCCCAUUCGAUUCUAAAGUCAUACCUCGACCUGCAUCAGAUUCGAAAAUUAUUUCACAUCCUGGGCCUAGGAUGGAGAGCAAAGGUCAAAAACAAGUUGAUCCUGUUCAAAAGAGGGAAGAACCCAAGAAAGCACACACCAAAAUGAGUCCUAAACCAGAUGCCAAACCGAUGCCAAAAGGGUCAUCAACACCUCCGGGUCCACGACCUACCACUGGCCAAACUGCACCCCCAUCUCAACAGCCACCAAAGCCUCAGGAGCAGUCGAGACGUUUCAGUCUGAAUCUGGGAAGUAUUACUGAUGCCCCUAAAUCACAGCCUACCACUCCUCAAGAAUCUGUGACUGGGAAACUCUUUGGGUUUGGAGCAUCGAUCUUCAGCCAGGCAUCAAAUCUAAUCUCCACAGCAGGCCAGCCUGGAUCUCAUUCACAGAGUGGGCCAGGGGCCCCAACCAAACAAGUCCCGCCUCCUUCACAGCCACCUUCGUCUCAGGGGCCACCCAAGUCUAUGGGUCAGGUACUGCCAGCACCUGCAAAGGUGAUCCCUGUGAAAAAGGAAACAAAAGCUCCAGUAGCUGAGAAAUUAGAGCCCAAAGCUGAACAAGUUCCAACAACAAAAAGAACAGAAGCAGAAAAGAAGCCCCUGCCUGCUAAGGAGAGCAAAUUGCCAAUAGCUGAGCCUCAAAAAGCGGCCCUUCCCGACAAGCUGGAGAAAACCCCCGAACCACAGUCAGCCUGUCCUCUCUGCAAAACUGAACUCAACAUAGGUUCUAAGGAUCCUCCUAACUUCAACACUUGUACUGAAUGCAAGAAUCAAGUAUGUAAUCUCUGUGGAUUUAACCCUACACCACACUUGACUGAGAUUCAAGAAUGGCUUUGUUUAAAUUGCCAAACCCAGAGAGCGAUAUCAGGGCAGCUUGGAGACAUGGGCAAAAUGCCAUCUACACCAUCAGGACCAAAAGCCUCUCCAAUGCCUGUCCCUGCAGAACAACCACCUCAGAAAGCAGCAAUGCCUGCUCAAGUAAAAGUGAAAAAGAAGGAACAAGAAGUAAAAACAGAAGCUACAAAAAUCAUUCCAGAAAAAGUAAAAGAACCACCUUCAAUUGAAAAAAUGCCCCCCAGGGUGACUACAGAUCAAAAACAAGAAGAGAGUAAACAAGCAAAAGAUAAAGCUUUAGCCCCUCAAGAAAAAAAGCCACCCCCUGAAGACAAAAAAACACUUCCAGAAGAAAAAAAGCCAACCACUGAAGAAAUAAAGCCAGCUCCUGAAGAAAAAAAGCCACUUCCUGAAGAAAAAAAGCUACCUCUUGAGAAAAAGUCAACUCCUAAAGACAAAAGACCAGCCCCUGAAGACAAAAAGUUACCCCCAGGGGCAAAAACAUCAGCUCUAGAGCAGGAACAGAAACAAGACUUACUUAAAACUCAAGUAGUACAAAUUGCUGAAGAAAAGCCUGAAGGCAGGGAGGCUCCACAGGCAGUGCAAGAAAAGAAACCACCACAAACCAAGAUAGAAGAUUUACCAUCUGGGACACCUCAGAGUUUGCCUGAGGAAGAUGAUAGGACAACUCAAAAAAUAAAAGAUCAGCCACAGGCAGCAGCAUACACAGCAAAGCCGGAUCAGAUGGGAUCUGGGAAAGAAAAAACCGAAAAGGAAGAUGACAAAUCAGACACCUCAAGUUCUCAACAGCCGAAAAGCCCACAAGGUCUAAGUGACACAGGAUAUUCUUCAGAUGGCAUAUCAGGGUCACUUGGUGAAAUUCCAAGUCUUAUUACAAGUGAUGAAAAGGAUUUGCUCAAGGGACUCAAAAAGGACUCUUUUUCACAAGAAAGCAGCCCUUCCAGCCCCUCAGAUUUGGCCAAGUUAGAAAGUACAGUUCUGUCCAUUUUGGAAGCCCAGGCAAGUACUCUUGUUGAAGAAAAGUCAGAAAAGAAAACACAACCUCCUGAUGUUUCUUCGGAGCAGCCUAAGGACCAACAGAAAACUCAGAGUUUAACUGAAACACAGGAAACUACAAUUUCAGAAGGGAAGUUAAAGGAGAGUCAAGAAGAAAAAGAUAUGUUUAAAAAAGAUAGCCAGCAAGACGUUCCUUCCAGAAAGGACCAUAAAGAAAAGUCUGAGUUUGUUGAUGGCAUAGCUGCAAGAAGACAACCUUAUGAUUCAGUUGAAGACAGCAGUGAAAGUGAAAACUCACCUGUUCCACAAAGAAAACGGAGAGCUAGUGUUGGUUCAUCAAGCAGUGAUGAGUAUAAACAGGAAGAUAGUCAAGGAUCAGGGGAAGAGGAGGACUUUAUUCGAAAGCAAAUCAUAGAAAUGAGUGCAGAUGAAGAUGCUUCAGGUUCUGAAGAUGAUGAGUUCAUUAGAAACCAGCUCAAAGAGAUUAGUAGUAGUAUUGAGAGCCAGAAAAAGGAAGAAACAAAAGGGAAAGGGAAAGUCACAGCAGGAAAACACAGGCGACUGACUCGAAAAAGUAGUACAAGCUUUGACGAUGAUGCAGGGAGACGGCAUUCAUGGCAUGAUGAAGAUGAUGAGACAUUUGAUGACAGUCCUGAGCUUAAAUACAGAGAAACGAAAAGUCAGGAGAGUGAAGAACUUGUAGUUGCUGGAGGAGGAGGGCUACGUCGAUUUAAAACAAUCGAACUCAACAGCACAAUAGCAGAGAAAUACUCUGCAGAGUCAUCACAGAAAAAAUCCACACUGUAUUUUGAUGAAGAGCCAGAAUUAGAAAUGGAAAGCCUGACAGACUCUCCAGAAGACAGGUCGAGGGGGGAAGGAUCUUCUAGUCUUCACGCUUCCAGCUUCACUCCUGGAACAUCCCCUACCUCAGUGUCCUCACUUGAUGAGGAUAGUGACAGUAGCCCAAGUCACAAAAAAGGAGAGAGCAAACAGCAACGAAAAGCUCGGCACAGAUCACAUGGUCCUCUUUUACCUACUAUUGAAGAUUCUUCAGAGGAAGAAGAAUUGAGAGAGGAAGAAGAAUUAUUAAAGGAGCAAGAAAAGCAACGGGAAUUAGAACAGCAACAAAGAAAGAGUUCAAGUAAAAAAUCAAAGAAAGACAAAGAUGAACUUCGAGCUCAGAGAAGGAGGGAAAGACCAAAGACACCACCCAGUAAUCUCUCUCCUAUCGAGGAUGCGUCUCCAACAGAAGAAUUACGUCAGGCUGCAGAAAUGGAGGAGCUCCAUCGAUCUUCGUGUUCGGAAUAUUCACCUAGUAUAGAGUCAGACCCAGAGGGUUUUGAAAUAAGCCCAGAAAAAAUAAUAGAGGUGCAAAAAGUUUAUAAAUUGCCCACAGCUGUGUCUUUAUACUCACCGACAGAUGAUCAUUCUAUUAUGCAGAAAGAAGGUGCCCAAAAGUCAUUAAAAAAUGCUGAGGAGAUGUAUGAAGAAAUGAUGCAUAAAACCCACAAAUAUAAAGCUUUUCCAGCUGCAAAUGAACGAGAUGAAAUGUUUGAAAAGGAGCCUUUGUAUGGUGGGAUGCUAAUAGAGGAUUACAUUUAUGAAUCGUUAGUAGAAGACACGUACAAUGGUUCAGUAGAUGGCAGUCUGCUAACAAGACAAGACGAUGAGAAUGGAUUCAUGCAGCAGAGAGGGAGAGAACAAAAGAUAAAACUUCCAGAACAGAUUUAUGAUGAUCCUAUGCAGAAAAUUACAGACCUCCAAAAAGAGUUUUAUGAGUUAGAAAGUUUUCAUUCUGUUGUGCCUCAAGAAGACAUUGUUUCAAGUUCUUAUAUCAUCCCAGAAAGCCAUGAGAUAGUGGAUCUGGGUAGUAUGGUAACUUCUACCAGUGAAGAAAAAAAAUUAUUAGAUGCUGAUGCUGCCUAUGAAGAACUGAUGAAGCGGCGACAGAUGCAGCUAACACCUGAAUCCAGUCCAACUCAGCCCCCCGUCGGGGAUGACAUGAUAGAGUCCACUAUGGACUUUGAUAGGGCACCCGAUGCGUCUUUGACAUCAAGUAUUCUUUCAGGAGCAUCUCUUACAGAUUCAACCAGCAGUGCAACACUCUCUAUCCCAGAUGUUAAAAUAACCCAACAUUUUUCAACAGAGGAAAUUGAAGAUGAAUAUGUAACUGAUUAUACAAGAGAAAUUCAGGAGAUAAUUGCCCACGAAUCACUAAUUUUGACCUAUUCUGAGCCAUCCGAAAGUGCUACAUCUGUGCCACCCUCUGACACACCUUCCCUCACCUCAUCUGUUUCUUCAGUUGGUACCACAGAUAGCUCCUCACCCAUUACUACCCUGGAUAGCAUAACCACAGUUUAUACAGCGCCAGUAGACAUAGUAACUAAAUUUGAAGAUUCUGAGGAAAUCUCUUCAUCAACGUAUUUUCCAGGUAGCAUUAUAGACUAUCCAGAAGAAAUAAGUACAGGUCUAGAUCAGACUACCAUACCAGAUGGUAGAACUAGUGCUGAUCAUAUCAUAAUUUCCUUAUCUGACAUGGCACCUUCUCUCUUAGAAUCUAUAGAAACUAAACCCAAGGAGCUGAUUGCUGACACUAUUUCCACUGACUUACCUAUAUCUGAAAAAGACGCCAUGAAGAAAGCCAAAAAGGAAACUGGGAAUGGGGUUGUUCUGGAAGUUCUGGAAGCUUACAGAGACAAAAGAAAGGAGUCUGAGGCUGAACUAACAAAAAUUAGCUUAUCUGAAACUGUGUUUGAUCAACCACCUUCUUCUGGAAUAGCCCUUCCAAAGAAGGAGCAGGUUUCAGCUACAUGCUGUAUAUCUGAAGAAGUCUUUGGUCAAGCAAAACCUGCAUCUCAGUUACCAUUUGGCAGUCCUUCUGUUUCCUCCCUUCCAACUAAAACUCACGCAUUCUUUCAAAGUUCUUUGGACACAUCAGCUCAACCUCCUCCACCCCCUCCCCCUCCGCCUCCCCCUCCCCCUCCUCCCCCUCCCCCUCCUCCCCCACCACUUCCUCCACCAACCUCACCUAAACUAGCUAUUCAUCCUAAAAAAAAGGUAACAGCUACAGCUGCUGUGACUCUAACUACUACAGCUACCCCUCUAGUUGCCACUGUUACUACUGUAGAGACCACAGCUAUUCCAAGGAGUAAUGGAUUACCCACUGCACCUCCUCCUGUUCCUCCUAAGCCAUCUUCAAUUCCUUCUGGACUUGUAUUUACACAUAGACCUGAGCCAAGCAAACCUCCCAUUGCCCCUAAACCAGCAGUUCCUCAGCUUCCAGUAACAACACAAAAACCAACAGAUAUACAACCCAAACCAACAGGUCUAUCUUUAACUUCAAAUAUGACAUUAAAUUUAGUCACUUCAGCAGAUUAUAAAUUGCCUUCCCCUACCUCCCCACUUUCUCCUCACUCUAACAAGUCCUCACCAAGAUUUUCCAAAUCCCUCAUGGAAACUUACGUGGUGAUCACAUUGCCAUCCGAACCCGGGACUCCAACAGAUUCUUCACCUAGUCAAGCAAUUACCAGUUGGCCCCUCGUGUCACCCCCCAAAGAUCAGAUUUCCAUUGAACCAGUGUUUUCUGUGGUUCCUCCUAUGACAGCUGCAGAAAUUUCACGUUCAUCAGAACAGAGCCUGUACGUCUCAGGAGCUUUGGAGACUCUCUCUGCUCUCCCUGUCACAACACUAUCUUCAUUUCAAGCAGCCCCAACUUCAGUUGCACAGUUUAUCACGAGUGAAGUUUCUAAGGCUGAGGUUUCAGCAGCCAGAAGUACAGUGCCUAGUGUCGGUCUCAGCAGUGUUUCUAUAACAAUUCCUCCAGAGCCUCUUGCUUUAGAUAACCUACAGUUAGAGAAGCAUCAACGUAAAGAAAAUGGAAAGUUACAACUUACUGGUGAUGCCAUUGAUUUGCGUACAGUACCAAAAGUAGAAAUUAAAAUAACUGAAAAAUGCAUGGAUCUUUCUGCUUCUACAAUGGAUGUGAAAAGGCUUACCACAACAAAGGAAGCUUAUGGGAGACAAAUCAGUGCUGUCCAACCCUCUAUUAUAAAUCUCAGUGCAACUUCAUCAGUAGUAACUCCUAUAUCCCUGGUCACCGAGACAGUGACUGCUGUCACGUGCACUGCUAGCACAAGUUACAGCACGGGCACAGAAAGCCUAGUGGGUAUAGAUCAUGCAACAACAACACCACUUCAGCUUACUACAUCAAAGCACACUGAACCGCUAUACAGAAUAUCUAGUGGCCAGGCCUUUCCCACAGUUAGGCAGGAAGCACCAAUAAACUUAUCGUUAGGUACUUCAGCACACGCAACGGCCCUGGCUAUUACAAAGCCUGUUACUGCACCUCCUGUUGGUGUCACAAAUGGAUGGACUGAGAGCACCACAUCCCAGGGGAUCGCAGAUGGGGAAGUAGUGGAUCUCAGUACAACAAAGUCUCACAGAAGUGUUGUAACGAUGGAUGAAUCUACUUCAAGUGUGGUAACCAAAAUAAUAGAAGAUGAUGAAAAACCUGUUGAUCUAACUGCAGGAAGAAGAGCUGUGUGCUGUGAUGUAGUUUAUAAGUUACCUUUCGGAAGGAGCUGCACCGCACAGCAGCCUGCAGCUACUCUUCCUGAGGAUCGUUUUGGUUAUAGGGAUGACCACUAUCAGUAUGACCGGUCAGGGCCAUACGGUUAUAGAGGGAUUGGGGGAAUGAAACCUUCCAUGUCUGAUACUAAUUUAGCAGAAGCUGGACAUUUUGUCUAUAAAAGUAAGAAUACUUUUGGUUAUUCUGGAGAAACUGAUGCAGCAGUAGAUCUAACUUCAGGGAGAAUUACUACAGGUGAGGUAAUGGAUUAUUCAAGCAAGACUACAGGUCCCUAUCCGGAAACACGGCCAGUCGUUUCAGGAGUUGGGAUUAGUACCACACAGUAUUCCACAACAAGAAUGACGCCACCUCCAGGACCCCAGUUUGGUGUGGGGAGUGUGUUGAGGUCAUCUAAUGGUGUUGUGUAUUCUUCGGUGGCAACUCCAAUUCCCUCCACAUUUGCUAUCACCACACAGCCUGGCUCCAUUUUCAGCACCACCGUGAGGGAUCUGUCUGGUGUGCACACAACUGCUGCAGUGACUUCCUUAUCCGCCCUUCACCAGAGUCAGCCAACGCCUAGAUCAUAUUUCCUAACAACAGGUGCAUCUGAAACAGACAUUGUAGUAACUGGUAUUGAUAUCAAUGCCAGUUUGCAAACUAUUACUAUGGAAACUCUUACUGCUGAGACAAUAGACUCAGUUCCCACUUUAACCACAGCAUCUGAAGUGUUUUCUGAGGUGGUGGGAGAUGAAAGUGCUAUUUUAAUUGUCCCUGAAGAAGAUAAACAACAACAGCAGCUAGACUUGGAGCGUGAGCUCUUGGAACUGGAGAAAAUUAAGCAACAGCGUUUUGCUGAGGAAUUGGAGUGGGAACGUCAGGAAAUUCAAAGGUUCCGAGAACAAGAAAAGUUCAUGGUUCAGAAAAAGCUGGAGGAACUGCAGUCUAUGAAGCAGCACCUUCUCUAUCAGCAGGAAGAAGAGCGUCAAGCCCAGUUCAUAAUGAGGCAAGAGACAUUAGCUCAGCAACAGUUACAGCUGGAGCAGAUCCAGCAGCUGCAGCAACAGCUUCACCAGCAGCUAGAAGAGCAAAAGAUUCGCCAGAUCUAUCAGUAUAACUAUGAUCCUUCUGGAACUGCAUCUCCACAAACUACCACAGAGCAGGCAGUGCUGGAAGGUCAGUAUGCUGCCCCAGAAGGCGGGCAGUUUUGGGUGACUGAAGAUGCAACCACCACAGCUUCAGCCGUUGUGGCGAUUGAAAUCCCACAAAGCCAAGGAUGGUACACGGUUCAGUCUGAUGGUGUUACUCAAUACAUUGCCCCACCUGGCAUCCUGAGUACUGUUUCAGAAAUACCUUUGACAGACGUUGUUGUAAAAGAUGAAAAACAACCCAAAAAGAGAAGUGCUGGAGCUAAAGCCCGUGGACAGUAUGAAGAGCUGGGGGAAAGUAUGGCAGAUGAUCCCCGCUGUUUUAAAAAGAUAGUUGACAGUGGUGUACAGACCGACGAUGAAGAUGCAGGAGAUCGGAGUUACACAAGUAGAAGAAGGAAGACUAAAAAGAGUGUCGAUACAAGUGUCCAAACUGAUGAUGAAGAUCAGGAUGAAUGGGAUAUGCCUACUAGAUCAAGGAGAAAGGCUCGUGUAGCGAAAUAUGGUGACAGCACUACAGAGGCUGAGAAGACCAAACCCCUUUCCAAAGUCUCCAGUAUAGCAGUUCAAACAGUGGCAGAGAUAUCUGUGCAAACUGAACCAGUUGGAACCAUACGAACACCUUCGAUACGUGCACGCGUGGAUGCCAAGGUAGAAAUAAUUAAACACAUUUCAGCACCUGAAAAGACUUACAAAGGGGGCAGUUUAGGAUGUCAAACAGAAGCAGAUUCAGACACACAAAGUCCUCAAUAUCUGAGUGCCACAUCUCCACCCAAAGACAAGAAACGCCCAACACCUUUAGAGAUUGGUUAUUCAUCUCACCUUCGGGCAGAUUCCACCCUACAGCUGGCUCCUUCCCCACCCAAAUCUCCAAAAGUCCUUUACUCACCCAUCUCACCACUUUCACCAGGCAAAGCCUUAGAAUCAGCCUUUGUACCUUAUGAAAAACCCCUCCCUGAUGAGAUAAGUCCACAGAAAGUACUGCAUCCAGAUAUGGCUAAAGUCCCCCCAGCGAGUCCUAAGACAGCCAAGAUGAUGCAGCGGUCCCUGUCUGACCCCAAGCCUCUGAGUCCAACAGCAGACGAAAGUUCCAGGGCUCCUUUUCAGUAUACGGAGGGCUACACGACGAAAGGUUCUCAAACCAUGACACCCUCUGGCGUCCAGAAGAAAGUUAAGAGAACCCUGCCAAACCCCCCUCCUGAGGAGACCUCCACAGGAACUCAGUCGACGUACAGCACAAUAGGCACGGUUUCCAGGAGAAGGAUCUGCAGAACCAACACAAUGGCCCGAGCCAAGAUCCUCCAGGAUAUCGACCGAGAGCUUGAUCUUGUGGAGAGGGAAUCUGCAAAGCUUAGAAAGAAACAAGCAGAACUUGAUGAGGAAGAAAAGGAGAUUGAUGCCAAGUUACGAUACCUGGAAAUGGGAAUUAACAGAAGGAAAGAGGCAUUAUUAAAGGAGAGAGAAAAGAGAGAGCGAGCCUACCUCCAGGGAGUAGCCGAGGAUCGGGAUUACAUGUCUGACAGUGAGGUGAGCAGCACCAGACCAACCCGAAUAGAAAGUCAGCAUGGCAUAGAGCGACCAAGGACUGCUCCCCAAACUGAAUUCAGCCAGUUUAUACCCCCACAAACCCAAACAGAAUCUCAAUCAGUUCCCCCUACAAGUCCUUAUACGCAAUACCAAUACUCUUCCCCUGCUCUCCCUACCCAAGCACCCACCCCAUACACCCAACAGUCCCAUUUUCAGCAACAAACUUUGUACCAUCAGCAAGUUUCACCUUAUCAGACACAGCCAACGUUCCAAGCUGUGGCAACCAUGUCUUUCACACCUCAGGCUCAACCUGCACCAGCCCCACAACCUUCGUAUCAGUUACCAUCACAGAUGAUGGUGAUACAGCAAAAGCCACGGCAGACCACGUUAUACUUGGAGCCCAAGAUAACUUCAAACUAUGAAGUGAUUCGCAACCAACCCCUGAUGAUAGCACCUGUUUCUACUGAUAACACUUAUGCCGUUUCCCAUCUUGGUAGUAAGUACAAUAGCUUAGACUUAAGAAUCGGAUUGGAGGAGAGAAGUAGCAUGGCAAGCAGUCCAAUAUCAAGCAUAUCGGCAGAUUCUUUUUAUGCAGAUAUUGACCAUCAUACUCCACGAAACUUUGUCCUAAUUGAUGACAUUGGAGAAAUUACCAAAGGCACAGCAGCAUUAAGCACUGCCUUUAGUCUUCAUGAAAAGGACCUGUCAAAAACAGACCGUCUACUUCGAACCACUGAACCACGGAGGUCUCAAGAUGUGACAGAUUUCCUAGCACCUUUACAGACUUCCUCUAGAUUGCAUAGUUAUGUGAAAGCAGAGGAAGAUCCAAUGGAAGAUCCUUAUGAGUUAAAGCUUCUGAAACAUCAGAUUAAACAAGAAUUCCGUAGAGGGGCAGAGAGCUUAGAUCACCUUGCUGGUCUCUCCCAUUAUUACCAUGCCGAUACAAGCUAUAGACAUUUCCCCAAAUCUGAAAAGUAUAGCAUUAGUAGACUCACCCUUGAAAAACAAGCAGCAAAACAACUACCAGCAGCCAUACUUUAUCAAAAGCAGUCAAAACAUAAGAAAUCACUAAUUGACCCUAAGAUGUCAAAAUUUUCACCUAUUCAAGAAAGUAGAGACCUUGAACCCGAUUAUUCAAGCUAUAUGACCUCUAGCACUUCAUCUAUUGGUGGAAUUUCUUCCAGAGCAAGGCUUCUUCAAGAUGAUAUCACUUUUGGCCUCAGAAAAAAUAUCACAGACCAACAAAAAUUUAUGGGAUCAUCUCUUGGCACAGGUCUGGGCACAUUAGGAAAUACUAUACGGUCGGCUCUUCAGGAUGAAGCAGAUAAGCCAUACAGUAGUGGCAGUAGGUCCAGACCUUCAUCCAGACCUUCUUCUGUUUAUGGGCUUGAUUUAUCAAUCAAAAGAGAAUCUUCCAGCUCUUCCCUAAGACUGAAAGCUCAAGAGGCUGAAGCUCUAGAUGUUUCCUUCAGUCAUGCAUCUCCGUCUGGCAGAACUAAGCCUACCAGUUUGCCAAUUAGCCAGAGUAGAGGAAGAAUACCAAUCGUGGCCCAGAAUUCUGAAGAAGAAAGUCCACUCAGUCCUGUUGGCCAGCCCAUGGGAAUGGCCAGGGCUGCAGCUGGACCCCUGCCACCAAUAUCUGCAGACACCAGGGAUCAGUUUGGAUCAAGUCACUCAUUGCCUGAAGUUCAGCAACACAUGAGAGAAGAAUCACGGACUCGAGGCUAUGACCGUGACAUAGCAUUCAUCAUGGAUGACUUCCAACAUGCCAUGUCAGACAGUGAAGCUUAUCACCUGCGUCGUGAAGAAACAGAUUGGUUUGACAAACCCAGGGAAUCUCGUUUGGAAAAUGGACCUGGUCUGGAUCGAAAACUGCCAGAAAGAUUGGUCCACUCUAGACCACUCAGUCAACAUCAAGAGCAAAUUAUACAGAUGAAUGGGAAGACUGUGCACUACAUCUUUCCUCAUGCAAGGAUAAAAAUAACAAGAGACUCUAAAGAUCACACAGUUUCAGGCAAUGGAUUAGGAAUUAGAAUUGUGGGUGGUAAAGAAAUCCCUGGACAUAGCGGAGAAAUUGGAGCCUAUAUUGCCAAGAUUCUUCCUGGGGGAAGUGCAGAACAGACAGGGAAACUUAUGGAAGGGAUGCAAGUAUUGGAAUGGAAUGGAAUUCCUUUAACUUCUAAAACAUACGAAGAAGUGCAGAGUAUCAUUAAUCAACAAAGUGGGGAAGCAGAAAUAUGUGUAAGACUGGACCUAAAUAUGCUAUCGGAUUCUGAAAAUCCCCAGCACCUGGAACUUCAUGAACCACCAAAAGCUGUGGAUACAGCGAAGUCCCCAGGGGUUGAUCCUAAGCAGUUAGCAGCAGAGCUCCAGAAGGUUUCGCUACAGCAGUCACCACUGGUCCUGUCAUCUGUCGUUGAAAAAGGGUCUCACAUUCAUUCCGGUCCUACAUCAGCAGGAUCCAGUUCUGUUCCCAGCCCAGGGCAACCAGGGUCACCCUUGGUGAGCAAAAAGAAACACAGCAGCAGCAAGCCUACUGAUGCUACAAAGGUGGUCUCUCAUCCAAUUACAGGGGAAAUUCAGCUUCAAAUCAACUACGAUCUUGGAAAUCUCAUAAUACAUAUUCUCCAAGCAAGAAACUUAGUCCCUCGAGACAACAAUGGUUAUUCUGACCCCUUUGUUAAAGUGUAUCUUCUUCCUGGGCGGGGUCAAGUCAUGGUUGUCCAGAAUGCAAGUGCUGAGUACAAGAGAAGGACUAAAUAUGUUCAGAAAAGUCUUAAUCCUGAGUGGAAUCAAACAGUAAUUUAUAAAAGUAUCUCCAUGGAACAGCUCAAGAAGAAAACACUGGAAGUGACAGUCUGGGAUUAUGAUAGAUUUUCUUCCAAUGACUUUCUUGGUGAGGUGUUGAUUGAUUUAUCUAGCACAUCUCACCUCGAUAACACUCCUAGGUGGUAUCCUCUCAAAGAACAGACUGAAAGCAUUGAUCAUGGCAAGUCCCAUUCCAGUCAAAGCAGCCAGCAGUCUCCAAAGCCAUCUGUCAUCAAAAGCAGAAGCCAUGGUAUCUUCCCUGACCCAUCCAAGGACAUGCAGGUCCCCACCAUUGAGAAAUCCCAUAGUAGUCCUGGUAGCUCGAAAUCCUCAUCUGAAGGCCAUCUCCGCUCUCAUGGACCAUCUCGCAGUCAAAGCAAAACCAGCGUCACUCAGACCCACCUGGAAGACGCAGGGGCUGCUAUAGCCGCUGCGGAAGCUGCCGUGCAACAACUCCGCCUUCAACCAACAGCACAUAAAAGCGGUCAGUCUAAUCAUGCCAGGAAGCAGCACAGACACAGCAUAGCAGGCGUCCUCCCCAUUCAAAGAACUCAGUCUGAUAAUCUGCCUCCACCAGCCAAUGGCAACCAAGACCAAAGCCAGCUAGCCCUCAGGAAGGUGAUGUCUGAUGGACCAGUCAAGCCAGAAGGAGCAAAGCCUACCAAUCACCGGCCUGCCGAAAGCUCCGUGUCCACGGGUUCCUCCGGCAGCAGCUUUGGCAGUGGGUAUAGUGUGGACAGUGAAGGAAGCAGCAGCACUGCAGGGGAGACUAAUCUAUUUCCUAUUCCCAGGAUAGGGAAGAUGGGGCAAAAUGGACAAGAGCCCAUAAAACAGCCAGGAGUAGUUGUGGGACUAGCAGAUGCUGAAGUUAAAACUCAGGUAAUGGGAGAAAUCAAGAUUGCACUGAAGAAGGAAAUGAAGACGGAUGGUGAACAACUAAUAGUUGAAAUUCUGCAAUGCAGAAAUAUCACCUACAAAUUUAAAUCUCCAGAUCACUUACCAGAUUUGUACGUAAAAAUAUAUGUGAUGAACAUCUCUACCCAAAAAAAGGUGAUCAAGAAAAAAACAAGAGUAUGUAGACAUGAUCGAGAGCCUUCUUUCAAUGAAACUUUUAGAUUCAGCCUAAGUCCCGCAGGACAUUCUCUUCAGAUUUUACUUUUCUCCAAUGGAGGGAAGUUUAUGAAAAAGACCUUGAUUGGUGAAGCCUGUAUCUGGCUUGACAAAGUGGAUCUCAGGAAAAGAAUAGUCAACUGGCACAAACUUUUGGUCAGUCCUACUCAAACCCAUUGAAGAAAUGUGUCUGCUCAUUGUAUAGAAACUGCUGUAAAUAAUCUCAAAUCAAGACUAUAGUUGGAUAAUAUUGUACUAAGCUAUGUUUUCAGUGGUAAACAUGAGAAGAGGAAAAACAGGCAAAAACAUACUUAAAGGCUUAUAAAUGUAUUAUUGUGGAACACAGAAAGAAACUCAAAUGAAAAAGUUCAUAUACCUAAGAUCGGGGGAAAAAAAGGAACUCUGAGACCUUGGACUUCUUGCCGCUGUCAAGAAAAGCAUUGAGAAAAAUUUUGAUUACUUAAUGCAAAAAUCUUUGAGCAGAGUUGUAGAGCUAAAGACAGAAGCUCAAAGAUUAAUAUAGUUUCUAAUGCAGACAAAGGUAAUCCUUUGUGCAGGUAAUCCUUUCAAAGGUUGAAAGGAAAGAACCAAUGUAACAAAUCUGUUUUCAAAAGUCCAAAAAUCUUUCUUCUUCAUCUUAUCCUCUCAAACAACUUACUGUUUUGAGAUUUCGACACGUACAGUAUGUGUCCAAGAAUAGAAAUAAAGUAGUUGUGGUCACAGGAAAAAGGAAACUGAAGAUUUAGAAAUCAUGGCUUUUAGACCAUAUUGUACAGGUUUUCUCAGUGUCUAAAUAUUACAAGGGUGAACUCCACUAAUUUUGGAAUCCAUGUUGUAAAAGCACAUUUAUACAAUUUGAAAUAAUGUGGAGUGAAGAUAAAACUAAGUAGAAAUAGAAUUACAUUUAUCUACACAUAAAGCCAUGACUGGCUAACAAAAAAAAAAAAAAAAAAAAUUGCCCCACAACAUAUUGGAACCUUGGUUAAAAAAAAUCAAAUUCUCCAUGAUUUACUUUUAAACCAAGAUAUUUUCAAUGUACAUACCAAAGGACAUAGACUAAAUUGGUAUGUUCUAAGAAGCAUGACAACUUGUUCUUUGUGGAAUUUCAAAUGAAUGUAUUAUCCCACAUAUUUCCUUUCUCUUGAGUGAUGUAUUGACAGAGAGAAUUUCUUCUGGCAAACAAAUUCUAUUAAUCUGUGACAUGGAUUAAUUAAAUUGGUGUUAUUUCCUGCUCUUCCAUUAUGUUUUUUUUUUUUUUCCUUAACACAUUAACUGAUUGAAAACCCUGACACCUGAAUCAAGUUUGCUCUGGUGCUCCGUUUCCCCCUUUAGUGACAAGAUCAUGGUGAUCAAGUGCAUCCAUGUUGGGAAAAUAGGUGAAACGUCAACAUUAUAUAGAAGUUACAACAUAAUUUGAGCUAUUUUAAUAGUGUAAAACAAAAGGACCAGUGUCUAAGUCAUUACACUGAAGCAUCCUCUUCUCCAUAAACCAACAACAUUAAUACGAGACGUGACAUGGAGUUAAAGGAAACACACUCAGCUGGGUAUAAAAGCCUGGCUUUGGGUCUUGUUUCUGCCACUGACUGUGUCACCUUGCACAUGUCACUGAAACUCAUUUUCCCCCAUGUUCUUCUUUGUAAGAUAAAAAUAAUUAUGUAUUCCUAGCCUUCCUAAUGGGAUGUUGGGAUGAUCAAACUAAGUGAUUUAUGAUAGAAAAUGAAAGCACAUUUCCAGGUAUACUUUUACACACAUAAGUGAGGAAUAAUUAUUGUGCAACUUUUUAUUUUUCAAAGUUUAUAUGCAAAAAGCAUCCUCCAAACCAAUGGCACACAUUGACAUGAAUAAAUUCAGUAUAUUAGCUCCAAAACUAUUUUUUUCUUUAAAAUAUAAAUUUUCAUUUAAUCUGAAAAAGAUGAAGAAUUAAAUAUAAAUGAUUUGUAAAUUGUGUUAUUACAUAUAAAUGAAAUGAAUCAUACUGAUUAAUCCUAUUCCCAUAUUCUAACCAAAAUUAAUUAAAUUGCAUUCUAAGUUUAAAAGCCACUUCUCUAUUCAAGGGUGAGGUUUUAGUGAGUUUAGAGAAAUUAUCUUCAAAUAUACUGUAUUGGUUGGAUUUUGAAUUUUCUAAUUUUUAAAGAAGAAACAUACUUUAAAUUUGAAAGGAAUUGAUUAAAUGUAAAACAUUAAAAAUAAAAUAUUUUAAAAUUAAUCCCAGGUUAUAUAUCUUUAUUAUAUUCAUUAAAAUAUACAAAUUAACUCUUCCCCAAUCUAAGAAAGUUAACAGUCACUUAUUGUUCCCUCUACUUUUUAUCUUUCCUCCCCUGAUAAUGCAGUAUCGUUUACCACUGACAUUUCUUUAAAAUGAGCAUGCAGGGAGGGGAUCCCUAAAGAUUUGAUAUUGUUAGGAUUUUGUUUUUAAAGACAACUAGAUCUGUCCCUGGUUGUCAUGGAUAUUUCCAGCAGAAGUUAGCACUUUAGGAAGCUUAUAAUCAUCACUCAUAAGCAGGGAAGAAAAUGGUUUAGAAGAUCUCCUUCUGACAUAAAAAGGCUCUGCUAUUUUCCCUUAAAAAGGAAACUCUGGCUCACCUUAGGUCCUCUUCUGCAGCCACUUACAUUCAGAGAUAUGCAUAAGAAGUUGUAUGCCCAGUUAGUUUACUUCAUUCUAUUUUCAAUUUCUUUUAAAAUAAUACAAAUGGAGGUGUCACCCAAACACAAAUCAUCCCUUUGUAGCUAUUUGACCUAACAGAGUAGUAGUCUUCCCAUUAUUGGUGACCCUCUGUUCCAAGGAACGGAUGAUGAGGCCAGGUCAAUCAAGAGCGUUAACAACAGGGCUUCUUUUUGUGCACCAGCAUCCCCCUUCAGAAAGCAUAAGAUCCUGCCAAAGUGUGCCAAGUGUGCAGCUAACCAAACUCCUAGGUUGUGCUGGAAUUAUUCUAUGCAACACUGAUCCUUAUACGAAUGCACUUCUUCUGAAUGAUGUCGAUUAUCCUUCUUACAACAAAAGUGUUGCUUUUUUAAUGGCAAAUAGGGCUCUUGGUGUUUUUUACUUUUUUUGUAUAUAUCACAGCACCUAAUUUUUCACUUUUUAUUUUAUUUUUAUUUUAUUGGCUUUAGCUUUUUUUUAAUCCUAAUAGUGACAAAGUUUGUAAUUUCUAAGUAACAUGUGAUUUGUCCAGUUACAUCACUUACACCUUGAAAAGCAUAUUAAUUUUCUCCAGUUUCAUUUAGUCAUCAAAGACUGAAAUUGCUUCUUGGAUUAAAAUUUGGUCCUGAAAAAACUUUUAGCUGUAGAAGUAAAAGCACAGAGUGAAUUUUUACAAAAAACAGGGAUUUACAGAUGGUCAUCACAGACAUAGAUAACACUAGUUGUAAGAAGUUUGUGUUGUCCCUGUUUUUAUUUAAGAUUAAGGAGAUUUUUGGUGACUCUGAACUCUUUAUUUAUGAUUUCAGUUUAAUAGAAUGGUAUCCAAGACUAAGGGGCAGUGAUUGUCUUUGCUCCUUAAUGUUGCCCAUAUUGUAAUUAAUCACACUAAUAAAUGCAGAUUUUGAGCAUAUCAGUGGAAUUAAUUUUGUGGAUCACACUCAUUGAAAUAGUCAUAUUGUGGGACUAUUAUGGCUGGUAACCAGCUGAUAUUGAUUCUUAUUAUAGGAAUGGUUGUGAUGAUAGUGGUGAUAGAGUAAUGACACUAGGUUGGUGGUGAUGUGAAAUAAAUUAAAAUUUAGCAAAUAUACUAUAUUGUGCCCAAUUUAUUAGAAAUUAUUUCAUCAAUGUUUUAUUUCAUUAAGAUAUCAUAAAGAUGUUUAUAGUAUUUUUUUACUUUAUUAUUUAAAUCAUAACUAACAAUAUUUUUAAAAACUUAUUUUCAUUGCUGCAAUGUCUAAUAUUCCAAAAGCAGCUGACUACAACUAUAUAUGUUUAUAACUCUAAGUAUGACAGAGUGAUUUUCCCUCUUUUUGAGCUUGAGAUGGAAGUGAAAGAAAGCUCAAAGAAUAAUUAUGAGCUGUCUCUUUAAUAAUUACUUGCCUUUGAUGUAAUACAAGAAUGAAUGAGUGAAAUAGAUUUUCUCAUUGAAUAUGACACAUUGAUGUUUUCUGUAUGUUCCAUGUUGUUGUUAUUUAUAAAGAUACCCAUUAAAUGAAAAUCAUUUAAUCAAAUGGUUCCUUAUCUUGAUAGGUAGAUUGAGAGCAUUUUCUUAACCGGUUACCCUGUAUAUAAUGAUACAUUUGGUAAAAUAGACAAAGUUGAAUUAUUAAUUUCAUUUGGCAUUCAGCAUGUGAAUAUUGUUUGAUUGUGUCUACGUAUCUGUUGGUGAUGUGACCAGGUGCUCCUACUAUCAAUUAAUGUGUGUGCUGAUAUCCUAACAAAAACACAUCUGAUGUUAAAAGAAAAAAAAAAUCUUGUCUAAAAAAAAAUAAAAACCUAAUAAAAUUGAUUUCAAAAUAAAAAAUUAAGUACUUGGAGAUAUGUCUUGUUUCUAACUAUACGUUGCAUGCCGUGUUGGUGAUUUGCUAAUGUAUUUUUGUUUCCUGUUCUACCCAAAUCUCUCUGGAAAAUCUAAUGAACAAAUACAAAUUCUUGGGAUAAAGGUUGAAUAAAUUGAACUGAAAUACAUGAGAAUUGUAUUUAAAAAUGCUUGUAAAUCUGUCUUGAGUUUUACUCUAUGUAAAAAUAUGUCUUGGUUUUGUGGUUAUAUACAAGAUGUAUCUUGAUAACUUAUGCAAAUUGUGCUGUUUAAAGGCUGCUGCCUCAGCCUUACUAAUAAAUAUUGAAAAUAUCAA